UUGACUCGUCUGGGUUCAGCCAUCGGACAAGCUAGAGGACUAGAACACCAUAACAGUUUGUGCAGGCGAUCCUGUCCGAUUCGUGAAGUGCAGUGUCUGGCGUGCAUUGACGAUCGUUAAUAGUAAAUUAUUGUUGCUCGAUUGUUACUAAAACAGAUCAACCAGGCGCAACUCGUGGGAAUGGCCUAAGACGUUUUUAAACCACGCAGAUUCCCGUUUUAUUUGCUAAAUUUCUAAACUCAUCUGUGAAAGCAUCAACUCAAUCUCAAUUUUAUUUGUACAAUAUCGAUUCAGCGUCAAUUUGAGCCAGGUACCCAAUGCAUCAUUAUGGUCUAUAAUCCACCUGGUACUAGAUAUAGUUUGGGUUAUUUUAUUUCUAUUUACACCAAAAACCAAACAUGGAUGCACAAGCAAAAAGUCGAAAAUCGUCUCCCAACUAUAGCGCUGUUGCAAACAACGACUCGAUGCCGACAUCGAGCAACACCUCAAGACCAUCGAAUCAUAAAGUAGCUAAAGGAGUGUCUUCUUAUCAUGGUAUGUUUUACCAUCUACAACUUGGAAUGGUUAUACUUCUUCGAGCUUUUAUCCUACACUGUGAACGAAAGCUAUCGAAAUUUGAAAUCACGAUGGAAAACAAAGAUGGUGGCAAGUUCGACGACAUAGUGUUGUACUGCGAAAAUGCAAUGAUACCCAAAGGUACUGUUUACAUUCAAGCUAAACAUAAAGAUCCAGUAGGAAAGUUGAAGUCAAUCACACAUCAUGAUUUACUUAGUGGACCUUAUGCAAAGGGUCCCUAUUCAAUUCCUACCUACUUUGUGUCAUACCUUAAACACUAUCACCGCCGCAAGGAUGAACAGAUUUCGAGCACGUCACAUACAUACAUUCUGUGUACCAACGCACCACUGAGUGAUGAUGUUACGUUCAUGUUACCAUUAGCACAGCCAACCACUUAUGGCGCCUUUUCUUUGUUUGACAGAAUCGGUGGAAAACUGUAUGUAAUUAACAAAGCAAACAAUGAUGUACAACAUGAGCUAAGAAAAGCCAGUUUGGAAGUGUUAGGAAAUACACUAGCAUAUUGUAUUAAAAAUGGUUAUGAAAUCAAUGGCGAGGAUUGUUUUAUUUUCCAACUGUUCAGUGAUUUGAUUGCAUCUUGUGUAGAAAAAGUCAACCCAGGCAUAUACAAGUUUAUUGAACAGCCUCAAACUGCUGCUGGUACAGAUUUUAUUGCGAUAGUUCAGCAUUUUCUAGAAAGUAAACAUGACAAAUCAAGCGAACAGAAUAAAAGCAAAGAAGCAGUAAUCAUUUUGAUUGCAAGCAGUUUUGAGGAAAAUUUGUCAAACUCACGAAACAAUGAGCCAUAUGCAAAAGUUGACCCCAUUAUCGAAACAUUUUUCGACGAGUUUCUGCUAGUAUGUGGCACCAAAAAUGAUAAAAAGCUGCUUGAACAAGCGCUUGAGAUAAUGCCAGCCUGGGUGAAUGAUACGAAAGAUAAGUUUGAAAAUUUUUCCUACAUGCUUCUUACGGCUCUAAGAGAAAAUCCACGCGAGAAGAUAAAUCUGGAAAACAUUAAAAAAAAGUUUACAGAACUCAAAGUAAACGAUAAUUACUGCGAAAUUCUAAAGGCUACAAAUAAAUAUUUCAGCAGCAAAAACAAUUUGUAUUCAACCAUUAGUUUAGAACCGAGCUCUCUCCGAACUCUUGAAUUGUACGACUUUGUAAAUGAGUCAUCCUAUAGAAUUUAUCGAUAUCGUAAUUCAGCUAACAUAAAAAUGAGUUCAGUAAUCGUGAAACAAACGGUAGAGCUACUUGGCUACAGCUGUCUAAUUGUAGACUGCUCAGACGGUCAAUCGAAAGACAACUUGUGUACUGUCCUUUCUGAUGUGGUGAAGUUUAUUUCUGACGUUGGUCUAUCUUCUAGCACUAUUAUAACGAUUCUUGGCAAAUUGGAAAACGAACUCAUCACCAAUAUUAGGAAUUAUUCUAGAGAUAAUAAAACGAAACUCAUCGUCGUUGAGCAAAUUGCCGAAGAUGAUUCGUCCGAAGAUUGUUUACUUGUUAGUGAUCUUACAAAGGAGUCAAGGGAGCAGUUAUACGAGCAAUAUAAACAGUUGUUUAAAAAUGGAACAACAAUGGCUCUCAAGCAAAUUGUGCAAGAAAAGGAUUCGAUGAGCUUUUUAUGUAAAGUGUUGGACAGAUAUGGUCAUAAGAAGGAUGAAAACAUAAAGGAACAGAGCUUUCAAACGAUCAGCUCAUGGUAUAUUCCACAUACUCUAGAACCAUAUAAAAGUGAUCGUGAUGAUACCAAUUCAUAUACUUAUUAUCAUGAUCCGUAUAACAGUGAUAGUGACAGGGAUAGUGACAGUGACAGUGAUAGUGACAGUGACAGUGACAUUGAUUCUCUUUUGUCGGAUUGCUCGUAUAACAGUGACAAUGAUAGUAGCAGCGUAGAGUAUUCGGAAGAUGAAUAA